GCCAAAGGCCACAUUCAAUGUCAGUGUGUAUAAGUGCGCGUGAGCAUCCGACGUAUCUAGUUAUUAAAUAUUAAUAAAAUGGCUUCAGCAAUUAUAAAGUUCAGUGCCUUGUUCAUGAUUCUUGGCUUCUGCUCGGCAGAUAUUGGUGAAAGUCCAGUAACAGAAGUAUGCUUAGGAUGCAUAUGUCAGGCUGUGUCAGGGUGCAAGGAAGGCACACUUUGCGAUGGUGACGCGUGUGGCCUGUUCCGCAUAACGUGGGCAUACUGGGCUGAUGCUGGUAAACCAACUCUGCCUGGAGUAUCUCCCGACUCCACUGACGCAUACUCUUCAUGCGCUAACAACCCACAAUGCGCAGCUUUGACAGUACAAAACUACAUGAGACGAUUUGGACAGGACUGUAACAACGAUGGUGCCGUCAAUUGCUACGACUACAUGGCGAUCCACAAACUUGGAGGCUACGGGUGCAAAGGCGAUCUUCCCUUCCAGUACGCUACCGUAUUCAACCAAUGUGUAGCGACCGUUGCAGCUCAUCAAGGCUAAUUACGACCGUGAUUUGUAUAUAGGAGAUUGUGCAUUUUGACAGGAUUAACAGUUCAUACAUUCCCCACAAUUUUAGUAAAUAAUAUUUGUAAUUUGAUGAAUAUAAAAAACUGUAAUAUCACCCAACUCUGACAGAGAAAACUCUGUUAAUCUCAUUGGAUAACAACAUUGUUUUUAGAUAAAGUAGAUGUUAAAUAAUUUAAAAUUUUGUAAGUUUCAGUUUCAUAAUAUGUUUAAGACCCCUCAAUAUAAACAUAUCAAUAAAAU